AUGAUGAAGGAAUGGAAGAGUAAUCCUGAAAAAGAAACCGAUGACGAUAUACGACAGAUCACACAAGGGGCAGUGGACGUUGCCGAACAGGUCAUCGACGAUGCAAGGCUGGAAAUGGGACAGUUGCCUAUGUCGGAAGAGGGACAACCCAGGUACAGGGAAAUAGUAAGGGACAACAUCCGAACAAAAUUCGAGAGAUUCCGCGUGUGGGCAAAAGAAAACAUGUGGGCGGUAGCCGCAAUUGCCAUCUCCAUUGCCGGAAUUAUUACGACUGUGGUGGUGGCUGGAAAGAAGACCAUCACGGGAGCAGCUAAUGGACUUGGAGCUGCCGAAAAAGCGUUGGCAAAGUUUACAAAAGCUUCACUGCCAAUCCUGGUACCUGUUUUAAAUAUGUUAAGUACAAUCCUAGGUUGGGGAACCAGGGAUCUUGCCUUCCUCGCCCAAAAUUUGUGGAUUGUGGCGAUCGUGAUUGCCGGAGCUAUAUUCAGGUAUUUGCAAAAUAGACGUAAAAAGUAAAUACCUUUUUGUACUAUAAUAAAACAUAAUGAAUUCAUGCUUGAUUUCCAACGUAUGAACAAGGCAGAAAUCACCGGCGAUAGGACUCGACACGUCCUAACCUUCAACCCCAACUCUGCCAGUCCGAAGAAGAAAUUUACGUUAAUAUUCCAAAACUAAGAGCCGACUCCGUUCUCGUACCGGACAGCAUGGCUCUGGCCUUCGGAUUUAAGAACAGUAACACAAAAUCCUGGUUCAGAAACAACUUAGGAAAACUGCUUCAAAGGAGAUUGGAAAUUCGCCUCACAGGAGAAAAAGUUUACGAUAACAGUGCAGAAAGCUUGCUGGAGGUCUACAAGGACCUAUGGUUACACAGGAAACAGCGUGAUGACAUGGUGGAGGAUGGCGUCGCUAGCGAAGCCACGAGGAAAAAAUAUCUAAAGAUGAUGCUGCAAACGACGAUGUGGAUGCCGCCGCAUUGUUAG